AUGCGAUAUCGCAGCAUCACCACCGCCGUCGUCGGAGCGGCAGGUUUGGCUGGGGCAGCAGCCUCCGGUGAUUUUGCCAAAGUGGGUUCCGGUCCUCCCAAUGGAUAUACAGUCGAGUCCAUGAUCUGGAAGGGCGCCAUAGAGAAGGGCGGCCCCGAGCUGUCAUUUAACGGCACGAUCGAGGAAGUAACGCAGCGUAUCCGAGCCGUCAAGAAAGACUUCACAUGGGGUCCCCUCGCUGACUCUGGCCACACCAUCGAAGAACGUGACACCAAGACCGGAAUAAUCUGCGGCGUAGGCGGCGAAGACGUGUCACCGCACGGUCCAUUAACAGCGAAUGCUGAAGAGGCAGGCGACAACCUCGGCAAGAUUACGGGAACCUGCGGCGUACCCGCUGGACCGAAAACUUGCUCUGUGCUCACGUGUACGAGGAAUGCCGCGGUAUGGCUGUGCAACGACAACGACGGUCCCAUUGCGCCACCAUGUAGCUCUCUCGCCUCGUACGUGGCGGACAUCACUGGGAAGUGCGGCCAGGAUUAUUACCAUGGAGUAAGGUAUUGUAAGGGCCAGGAGUUCAGUUCGGACAAUUACAAUGUUGUAGUUGGUUGGAAAAGUCAGUGCUGA